UGACGCCCAGGCCCCUGGGGACGCCGCGGCCGCAGGAGGCCAGCCGGUGCACCGGCAGCACGCACCGGGGAGCAGCGCGGGCAGGGCUUUCCGAGGAAGCGGAGCCGCCUCAGCUCGAGCGUCGCCGCGGGCAGCGCUCCCGACCCUGGGCGGCGGACGCGCUCCGGUCUCCCGUAGCCGGCUAACCUCGCGGGGCACGGGGCAAUAAACGUGAACUGCCGCAGCCGUGUGCCGUGCGCUCGGGCCGCCGCCGCGCCGGGCACCGGGAGCCGCUCGCCCGCACCGGCCCCGGCAGCGCGCGCCGCCGGCGGGAGCGCGCCCGCGCGUCACCGUGCAGGCCCCGCCCCCUCGCGGCACGGCGGCCGCCACCGCCGGUCCCCGUCCCUGUCCCUCCGCGGCCGCCACCGCCGGUCCCCGUCCCUGUCCCUCCGCGGCCGCCGCCAGUCCCGGCUCGCUUGCGCCGAUCGGUCGCGAUGGUGUUCCGGUGCCAGCGGGACAGCUGGGCCCGGCAGUUCACCACCAGGGUGGUGUCGUGCCGGGCGGCCGAGCUGCGGCCCGAGGGCGGCGGGGAGCCGGUGCGCGGGUUCCAGGUGGUGCUGGAGGACACCAUCCUCUUCCCCGAGGGCGGCGGGCAGCCGGACGAUCGCGGCCUCAUCGGGGACGUGCCGGUGCUGCGCGUGACGCGGCGGGGCCCCGAGGCCGUGCAUUUCGUGCCGGCCGCGCUGGAACCGGGCGCCGAAGUGCUGCUGUCGCUGGACUGGGAGCGCCGCUUCGACCACAUGCAGCAGCAUUCAGGGCAGCAUCUUAUCAGUGCCGUUGCAGAACAGAUGUUUGGAUUCAAGACCACUUCAUGGGAGCUGGGCCGUCAGCGCAGUGUCAUUGAGCUGGACACCCCCUUGGUGACAGCAGAGCAGGUCGAGGCCCUGGAGAAGAGCGUGAACGAGAAAAUCCGGGACAGGGUCCCUGUAACAGUGAGGGAGCUGGCUGCAGAUGACCCUGAAGUUGAAACAGUGAAGAGCCGGGGGCUGCCUGAUGACCACGCAGGGCCGGUGCGCGUGGUGGACAUCGAAGGCAUCGACUCCAACCUGUGCUGUGGCACUCACGUCUCCAACCUGAGUGACCUCCAGGUUAUUAAACUCCUUGGCGUGGAAAAAGGGAAAAAGAACAAAACCAACUUGGUGUUCUUGGUGGGAAACAGAGUGCUGAAGUCAAUCGAACAAAGUCACAGUACUGAGAAGGCUCUAACCUCCCUGCUCAAAAAUGGACCAGGUGAGCACGUAGAGGCUGUGAAGAGACUGCAGAGCUCUGUGAAACUGCUCCAGAAGAAUAACCUGAACCUGCUUAGAGACAUUGCUGUUUUGAUAGCCCGGGACUUCAAGAGCAAACCUGCUCCAAAGCAGCUGUUUGUACUGCACAGGAAAGAGGGUGAUUCUGAAUUUAUGAACAUCAUUGCUAAUGAGAUUGGGACAGAGGAAACCCUGCUAUUCCUGACUGUGGGAGAUGAAAAAGAAGCAGGACUCUUCCUUCUAGCUGGACCUGUUGAAGCGGUUGAAAAUUUAGGUCCCAGGGUGGCAGAGCUGCUGGGUGGGAAAGGAGCUGGGAAGCGCGGCCGCUUCCAGGGCAAGGCAGCCAAGAUGAGCCGGCGAGGAGAAGUGCAAGCUCUGCUCCAGGAAUUCAUCAGCCAUCAAAACCCUGGAGCAUAAGAAACGAUUCUCAAAGUAGGUUUGUCUUAUAUUUGUUUGCAUAGGCUUCUCUACCAGAGAAUAAAGACCUGAACCCAA